AACACGCAGCCCCCUCCUGCCUGAGUGACAACUAGCCAGCAUACUCUUCGUUGUUGUCCCUUUAAAACUCGAAUCCAAGGGGGUAAUGAUUUAUCAAACUUGUAUUAUCAAGAAAAUGUCAAACGAAGGGCACCUUGCUUUGCACUGACGCAAACCUGGCCUUUCCCGAGGAGAUAUAGAAAGCGCCUCUCUUGCUGGAGUCAAACCCAGUCUUGUCAAAUAGCUGGUUUCACCCUCCACCCAUUCAGUCUGUUUGUUGCCUGUGUCAGACAUGGAUUGCGGUGCUCCCAAGGAAAUGAAUAAACAACCAGCCAACAUCCUGGAGGUGGCGGUGGCACCAGGCCACCACGAUGGCCGUUGUGCGCCCAGGACAAGCCCAGAGCAGGAGCUUCCCGCGGCCGCCGCCGCACCGCUGCCGCACGUGCCCAGGUCCGCUUCCACCGGCGCCCAAACUUUCCAGUCCCCAGAUGCGAGAGCCUGUGAGGCUGAGCGGCCGGGAGUGGGGGCUUGCAAACUCAGUGGCCCGCGGGCGCCGGCGGUCUCGGCGGCUCUGCGGGACUUGAGCGAGACUCACAGCGCUCAGGCCGCCCCUCCUGGGGGCGCUGGGCCCGGCAACGCGCUGCAUUGUAAGAUCCCGGCGCUGCGCGGCCCAGAAGGGGAUAUGAACGUGAGUGUGGGCAAGGGCACCCUGGAGAGGAACAACACGCCGUCCGUGGGCUGGGUGAAUAUGAGCCAGAGCGCCGUGGUGCUGGGCACGGAUGGAAUCACGUCCGUGCUCCCUGGCAGCAUGGCCACCGCUGCUGCCCAGGAAGACGAGCAAGGGGAUGAGAAUAAGGCUCGAGGGAACUGGUCCAGCAAACUGGACUUCAUCCUGUCCAUGGUGGGGUACGCAGUGGGGCUGGGCAAUGUCUGGAGGUUUCCCUACCUGGCCUUCCAGAACGGGGGAGGUGCUUUCCUCAUCCCCUACCUGAUGAUGCUGGCUCUGGCUGGGUUGCCCAUCUUCUUCCUAGAGGUGUCAUUGGGCCAGUUUGCCAGCCAGGGGCCGGUCUCUGUGUGGAAGGCCAUCCCAGCCCUACAAGGCUGUGGCAUCGCAAUGCUGAUCAUCUCUGUCCUAAUAGCCAUAUACUACAACGUGAUUAUUUGCUACACACUUUUCUACCUGUUUGCCUCCUUUGUGUCUGUCCUGCCCUGGGGUUCCUGCAACAACCCUUGGAACACUCCAGAAUGCAAAGAUAAAACCAAACUUUUACUAGAUUCCUGUGUCAUCAGUGACCACCCCAAAAUACAGAUCAAGAACUCGACGUUCUGCAUGACUGCCUAUCCCAACUUGACAAUGAUUAACUUCACCAGCCAGGCCAAUAAGACGUUUGUCAGUGGGAGUGAAGAGUAUUUCAAGUACUUUGUGUUGAAGAUCUCUGCUGGGAUUGAAUAUCCCGGAGAGAUCAGGUGGCCCCUAGCCUUCUGCCUCUUCCUGGCUUGGGUAAUUGUGUAUGCAUCUCUGGCAAAAGGAAUCAAGACUUCAGGAAAAGUGGUGUACUUCACGGCCACGUUCCCAUACGUCGUGCUCGUGAUUCUCCUCAUCCGAGGGGUCACGCUGCCUGGAGCUGGUGCUGGGAUUUGGUAUUUCAUCACACCUAAGUGGGAGAAACUCACGGAUGCCACGGUGUGGAAAGACGCUGCCACUCAGAUUUUCUUCUCCUUAUCUGCCGCAUGGGGAGGCCUGAUCACUCUCUCUUCUUACAACAAAUUCCACAACAACUGCUACAGGGACACCCUAAUUGUCACCUGCACCAACAGUGCCACGAGCAUCUUUGCUGGCUUUGUCAUCUUUUCGGUGAUUGGCUUCAUGGCCAAUGAACGCAAGGUCAACAUUGAGAAUGUGGCAGAUCAAGGGCCAGGCAUUGCAUUUGUGGUUUACCCGGAAGCCUUAACCAGGCUGCCCCUUUCUCCGUUCUGGGCCAUCAUCUUUUUCCUGAUGCUCCUCACGCUUGGACUUGACACGAUGUUUGCCACCAUCGAGACCAUAGUGACCUCCAUCUCGGACGAGUUCCCCAAAUACCUGCGCACACACAAGCCGGUCUUUACGCUGGGCUGCUGCAUUUGUUUCUUCAUCAUGGGCUUUCCAAUGAUCACUCAAGGUGGAAUUUACAUGUUUCAGCUUGUGGACACGUACGCCGCCUCCUAUGCCCUCGUCAUCAUUGCUAUCUUUGAGCUCGUGGGGAUCUCCUAUGUGUACGGUCUGCAAAGAUUCUGUGAAGAUAUAGAGAUGAUGAUUGGAUUUCAGCCAAACAUUUUCUGGAAAGUCUGCUGGGCAUUUGUAACCCCAACCAUUUUAACUUUUAUCCUUUGCUUCAGCUUUUACCAGUGGGAGCCUAUGACCUAUGGCUCUUACCGCUAUCCUAACUGGUCCAUGGUGCUCGGAUGGCUAAUGCUGGCCUGUUCUGUUAUCUGGAUCCCAAUUAUGUUUGUGAUAAAAAUGUAUCUGGCUCCUGGCAGAUUUAUUGAGAGGCUAAAGUUGGUGUGUUCGCCACAGCCGGACUGGGGCCCAUUCUUAGCUCAGCACCGUGGGGAGCGUUACAAGAACAUGAUCGACCCCCUGGGAACCUCUUCCCUGGGACUGAAACUGCCAGUGAAGGAUGUGGAACUGGGCACCCAGUGCUAGUCUGAUGGCAUGGGAUGGUCAAGGCCCAGACUUGAUCCCGUUUUCCCUCUCUGCCUCCCCCUACUGGUUUCCCCAGCUUUCUUCCCAUUUUCCUUCUCCGUUCCUCCCAUGUUUCAGUUCAUAUCCGUGCAUGAGAGUGGUUACAUAGGACAUAGUGUCGCAUGCUGUAGUGAAGAGCUAGACAGACCACUUGAAGCACGGUUUGCCAGUGUCCAUGGCGUCGGUUUCCAGUAGGGGUGGUCCCCUGAGCACACGCUUUAUCCCCCAGGAAUGUAUCAACUAGGUGAGUGCUUUCCAGUGAAGUCACAAAGGCGGUAUGUGUGAUUUGGCCAACAGAGAAGUAUCCACUGUGUGUUGUCGUUGGUGGUGCCGAUGAGGCAAAUCCAGAAUGGCAGAAUUGCAGGACCGUUAAUUUAGACUCAUCAGUGUCAUAGAGGUAAGCUAAGCAGUGUGAUGCUUUCAUUCAGAUGCAGAAAGAUCAGGACAGGGUACAUUUGGAGGGGCAGCAGUGAUCAGAAAAUGUUUUAGAGUAAGACAAGGCUUCUGGAUUUGGACACCACUCAGGUGGUUAAGUUCACAUUUCCAUUCACAGUUGGCGAUGUUUCCUUCAUUUGCACCAACUGUCUCAAGUGUGCCAAGGACUCUUUGCACACUGCGAAUCUCAGUGAAGAGUUGGUUCUCUUCCCUCAGUCGUUUUUUUUUUCCCUUUAUAAGCAUAUAUGUGAAUUCUUUUGGUUAUUUCUUCCACCUCUGUACAAGAAUCCAUUAUAUAAUUUAUGCCUAAUUUUGUAUGUUCAUAACAGAGGUCCAUUCUGCUUUCUACAUGACAUUUAGUGCUGUGAUUCUGUGUCAUGAUCCUGUGUUUCUUCUUUUCUAAAUGUCUUUCUAUAAGCUGUAGAUACCUUAUCUUUCAACCUCUGGGAAAAUAAGACUUAGCCUGGUUCCGUCUAUAUAUUAUAUAUAUAAGACACAAACUCUUAAAAGUCAAAUAACUUCUCAAUUUUUACUCUUAACUUUUUCAUUCGCAGUCCAUGUCAAUUGUGGUCAUAGAGAAAGAGAAGAAAUGGAGAAUUUAUUAGAAAGCAACCAUAAUAUUCACUGCGCUGGUAGAACAUUUUAGGUCACAGUAUUUACAGAUAUUUCUGAUAAAUACAGCUUAGGUAAGUAGCAAGUGAGCCAAUUAAGACUAUAUAGCUUUUAAGACUACAUUUAGCUAAUUCAAUUUUAAGAGUUCCCAAUUCACAGUACUCAUAAGCAAACUCUCUAAUGAGAGCGAAUCAUAUGUCUGCAGAGAUUGGCGAAGCCGUAACCUUUAUUAUCUUCUUGUAUCCUGAACAUGCAUAUAUGAAAUUUUUAAACUGUGGUAUGUGUUCAUGUAGUGUGUACUCGUAGUGGUGUUUUCUGUCCUUAUAAAUAUCUUAUGAAUCACUGUAGAGAUGGUGAGUUUAGCAUAGUGUAGUCUGGGUUUUUUUUUUUUUUUCUCUUACAGUAAUAUCUAAACCUAAACUUGUUUCCUUUGGUGGAGACCAUUUCAAUCAUUUUCUUAUUUGUCUUCAUAUUACAGGGUCUCAGGCAAAUUUUCCGUUCAAAUCUUGUAUAGUGACAUGACAUUUUCAUCCUGUUCAACAGCAAUGAAACCCAACAACAGACCUUAAUGUAACAUUUGUUAAAAAAUGACUUCUUUUUUUUUUUUUUUUUUUAAAGUCUCAACUCAUUUUACCGAGCUUUCCCUUUUUUAGGGCAAAUAUCAUUACUAUUUGCCAACACCAAUGUAAACUUCCCGUUUUCAAGAGCAGCCUGUGGACACUUUUAGAAAAGGAAACAAAGAUGGGUUUUGAACUUUAGGUUUCCAUGUCUUUUGUCUGCAGUGCAUGAGAAGUGUCUCCCUCCUCGGUCUCUUUUUCCGUCUAUUUCCCACAGCUAGAACUUGCUAGACUAUAUCACAGAGACUAAACCCUUCCCCUAGACUUAGCGUUAGGGCGCUGAGCUGUGGCCUCACCUGUCGCCCUGUUGCCCCGUAGUGACCUG